CUCGUACACACUUUCCACCCUCCGCCCUUCAUCUACAAUACCAAACCUCAACUACAGUGCGUGAUCUAACAAGCAGGCUUUUCAUCAUGUCUUAUCGUGGGAGUGGUGGAGGAAUUACCGGAACAAAUAAUAUUCCUCUUGGAAACCGCAGAAGAUUUGGCGGCGACGGAAGCACUGGAAGCAAUGACUCCCCAUCGCCAGCAUCUGGAGGCCCAUCUUUUCGGGACGAACAAGGAGGAAGUGGCUUCGCCGACCAUAAGCGUGGAAGGUCGCCUAUUCGUUCCGAUCCGGAUGGACCAAAAAAGAGAAAGAAGAAGAAUCGCUGGGGCGAUCAGACGGACAAUAAAGCAGCCGGUUUAAUGGGUCUUCCGACCGCUAUUUUUGCUACAAUGACAAGUGAGCAGUUGGAGGCCUACGCCCUUCAUCUACGUAUUGAGGAGAUCUCCCAGAAGCUCAGGAUUAACGAUGUUGUUCCGGCUGAUGGUGACCGUUCGCCAUCCCCACCUCCGCAAUAUGACAACUUUGGUCGUCGUGUCAAUACUCGGGAAUACCGUUAUCGCAAGCGCCUUGAAGAUGAACGUCAUAAACUAAUCGAUAAGGCAAUGAAAGCCAUCCCCAACUAUCACCCUCCGAGUGAUUAUAGGAGACCCACAAAGACACAGGAGAAAAUCUAUGUACCAGUGAACGAUUAUCCAGAGAUUAACUUUAUUGGACUCUUGAUUGGACCUCGUGGCAACACCCUCAAAAAAAUGGAGACUGAAUCUGGUGCCAAGAUCGCCAUUCGUGGGAAAGGAUCUGUAAAGGAAGGAAAGGGUCGUUCCGAUGCUGCCCACACCUCUAACCAAGAAGAAGACCUCCACUGCCUUAUCAUGGCAGACACUGAAGAGAAGGUUAACAAAGCCAAGAAGCUUAUCAAUACCAUCAUUGAAACUGCUGCGUCGAUUCCCGAGGGUCAAAAUGAGCUUAAGCGUAAUCAGCUUCGUGAGCUCGCUGCUCUCAACGGUACUCUUCGUGAUGAUGAAAAUCAAGCCUGUCAAAACUGCGGUCAAAUUGGCCAUCGCAAAUACGAUUGCCCUGAGCAACGCAACUUUACCGCCAAUAUUAUCUGCAGGGUUUGCGGCAACGCAGGGCAUAUGGCCAGGGACUGUCCCGAUCGCCAGAGAGGCCAGGACUGGCGCAACAAUGACAGAGGUGGCCGUGGUGGUGCUGCUGGUGGCUUUGGUAGACCUGGGGCUGCUGGUCUAGGGCAAGGUGAUGCUGUGGACAGAGAAUAUGAGCAACUUAUGCAAGAGCUUUCUGGAGGCUCUGCACCUGCGAUUGGCGGUGCUACUCCGCAAGGCCGUAUCGAAGCUGGCCCAGGUGGUCCGGACGGUGGUUAUGGCGGUCGUGAGAGUUAUGGAGGAGGGGCAUACGGUCGCGACAAUCAAAAUGACCAGGAACUUGGCCCCGAUGGUCGUGCCCUGAAGCCGUGGCAGCGCGGACCCACUGGAGGACCCGCCCCGUGGCAGAUGGGUGGGCGCGGACGUGGUGGAGCUCCUGGAGACAGCCAUACCCCUCCCACAAAUGCCCCAACAGGACCAAGUGGCGCACCUUGGCAAUCUCAAUCCCAUGGACCGCCCACUGGACCAGCAUCCUCUGCUCCUCCUCCAUGGGCUGGAACGCACGGUAUCCCGCCACCCCCACCUCCUGCGAGCGCUGCCCCCCCUCCAUGGGCUUCUGGUGCCCCCGGGGCUGCUCCAGGUAUGAGUUAUGGUGCUUCUCCCUAUGGUGCUCCUCCCGGAGGCUAUGGCGCCCCUCCACCGCCCCCACCUUCGUUCGGUAUUCCACCACCUCCACCACCUCCCGGAAACCCGCCUCCACCACCACCAUCUUCCUUAGCCCCGCCACCCCCGCCGCCUCCGCCCCCACCAUCCUCCAACGAGCCUCCCCCACCUCCUCCCCCUUCACACUACCGUUAAGACCAUUCAGCACGGCCACUUUGAGACAGAAUGAAGGGACAGGAUUAAGGGGAGACUAUUGUUGGAGGAAAGAUGGGAACAAACUUGUAAUACUGCUGUGAUUUUUCUUGAUUUUUUUUUUGUAACGCCUAGAAAAGGGGCUAGGGUGAAGGGGUUGCAGGUAAUUUCAAGCAAAAAAGGACUGGCUAACUUGUUGACUGUUUUGUUGUUCUGUGUUUCUUACUAAAAUUGGCAAUCGAAUUUCUGUGA